GUCCAGGAUGGAUUUAUUGCACUGUAAAUGCCUGCGUUUGAUAACUUGUAUGGGGUAGCUCAUGUGUUUGAGCGGGCUGAAGCUUGUCCGUGUGAAAGCUGGCUAAUGUGAAGGGGGUGACAAACUGGAAUGUUGCUGUUAUACAGGGGGUAUUUUGUUUACCCUGGCAUUGUGAUUACAUCCGGAGCUCCACAAUUCAGUUUUAGCCUCAGGAACGCAAUAAGAGCUCUUAUUUUAUUUCACAAAUGAAUAUCCAUUUCUUGCAGAAAUCUUUAUUGAGUGCAUACAUACAUGUCAUUUGGAAGACCCUUUACAGAUACCUAUUGUUAAGAUAUUGGUGCUCUCUAUAAUAAUUGUUUGCUUUGCAGUAACCGUAUCUGCUUUGAGCUCAAGACAUUUUAGGUUAUUUUCCCCCGAAGGGAGUCUGGGGAAAGGUUGGUGAUUGGGGGGUGUGGGGGGGCACAACAAAGUUCUUCAGACAGCCAUGUCUAAGCCCCUUGCAAUGCUCCACACCUCGUGUGUGUGUGUGUGUGUGUGUGUGUGUGUGUGUGUGUGUGUGUGUGUGUGUGUGUGUGUGUGUGUGUGUGUGUGUGUGUGUGUGUGUGUGUGUGUGUGUGUGUGUGAAAGAUUCAAUGACACUUUGUCUGCUCUGUCCCCACACAAUCCCAGAGGACUUUUGCCGGGAUGUGUCUGUAGAUCAGUGGUGGCGGGGUUAGAGUUAGACCAGCUUCCUCGCCACCCACCAGGGAUCAAACGCACUCUCUGAACCUGCCGUAUAGAUAGAUGGAGGGCUGUGCUGUGCGUGGGUGCUGACUGGAUGCACAACGUUCCCAGAGCCACAACAAUGUGCGUCGUGACUGAGGAGAAGCGACCUUGCUGUUCAGAUGGUGUAGAAGCUGUGUUUCGAAUUAGCUAUUUGAACCAAACUGGCAAGGCUUGUCUCAUGUUGAUAGUGGGCUAUUAGCGCUCUAUAGUUUUGGACCAAACUGUUGGUUAAAUGACAAUGAACCUUUCUGUUACAUGUUCAUUACAAAUGGAAAACUCACCUGAUGCUUAAAGACAAAUAAUAUAAUUAUGUAUGUUAUGUCUAUUUUGUCUUUUGUGUCUUAUUCAAGCAAUAUUUGUGUUUUAUCUAGGUUGUACAGAGAUGCGUAAGAAACGCGCUGUAGUUAAAACAACGCUACCAUGGCCAUUUGCAGCACCAUUUCAUAUUUGUUUUAUAAAUAAUGGUUUGCAUGUGUGUGUGUGUGUGUGUGUGUCUGUGUCUAUGUGUAUACUCCUUCUAUACUGUUAGUGUCAUCCCAUGCAAGGCGUUUUGACUUGGGUCUAUCUUUCUGUCUAACAGAUGUGGCUUUCCAUACAUCACCCUCCUAUUUCUGACACUUUGUGACUUCAGCUCCCCCCCGCUCGUCUCUUCAUCAUGCAAACUCGCCUGAUUGGAGGUCCAAGCGAACGCUAUCCUGCCCCUGUUAAUUAUAGUUGAAGCUAUUGUGUGCAAUCCUGGCGCUGAUCUGUGCUCCUGCGUCACUUCCACACACAUGUACAGGCCUGUGUCCGUGUGUGUGGUCGGUUGUUUGGCUGGCCGUGAUUUAGGAUAUGCCUCACGUAUGCCAAUUUCAAAAUAGCACGUUGGUUGUUGCUCCAACACCCUCGCUCUAACUCUCUCUCUCUCGCUCUGGUUUGCGACUCCAGUUGUGCCUGAGCGCGUCUAAUCGUUCCCGGCUCCGUUAUGUAAUUAAAGCAUCUCUAAGACAACAUCAAACAUUAUUUUGCUGAGGUGUUUGUUAUCAUGUACCACUGAGCUCCAAAUUGUGAACAUGCUAAAUGUUUGUGAGCAGUCAAUCCCCCAAGGAAUUGGUGACACACUCUUUUUAUUUUCCUAUGAAAUGCUGCCAGGGCUUGUGUUGGAUGUUGUUGAAUGUGACCCAUGGAAUUAUUGCCCAAACUGUUACAUUAACUAUGUGAAUGGUCUCGUCUUUGAAUGACAUUGAGUAUGUUUUGAAAUAACUUAAAAUCACAAUGGUUAUCGACAUUAAACAUACUCAGCUGCCUUACAUCUGAUGCAAUAUGCAACAUAAAUCCAUAGCCAAAGUAGACUAGGGUAUUUGUGUGUGAGAUUAAUCCACUAUUUCCUGAAAGGAUUCUCAUGAGAGGUUUAUCUUUUGCCAUCCUGUGGUCUGAUAAAUAUAUACAUCUUUAGUAUAUACAUUUUAAGUGGGCCUUCAUCCUAAGCUGAUAUGUGGGAAAGCAAACGGACGCACACGCACACAAACACUAUGCUUGUUUGUGAAUGGGUCGCUGUUUGUGUUCCAGGUUCCCUACAUCGGCUUGUCCAUGCAGCUUUGAUUAUCGGUAGCUUCCCUGUUGUCCUUUGACAUUGCACUUCUCUGUGCCACUCGCCGCUCUUCCUCUUUUCUGUUAUUCAGUCGGGUCGACCAUCUCUAGCAUGGGCUCAGGGGUGUGCGGUUGUUGUGGUGCCCUGAGGCCUCGCUACAAGAGGCUGGUGGACAACAUCUUUCCAGAGGACCCUGAGGAUGGGCUAGUGAAGGCAAACAUGGAGAAGCUGACGUUCUACGCCCUGUCAGCUCCGGAGAAGCUGGACCGUAUCGGGGCCUACCUGUCUGAGAGGCUGUCCAGGGAUGUGGCUCGCCACAGAUACGGCUACGUGUGCAUAGCGAUGGAGGCCCUGGACCAGCUGCUGAUGGCCUGCCACUGCCAGAGCAUCAACCUCUUCGUGGAGAGCUUCCUCAAGAUGGUGCGCAAGCUGCUGGAGUCGGACAAACCCAACCUCCAGAUCCUGGGCACCAACUCGUUUGUGAAGUUCGCCAACAUAGAGGAGGACACGCCGUCGUACCAUCGCAGCUACGACUUCUUCGUCUCGCGCUUCAGCGAGAUGUGCCACUCCAGCUACGAGGACCCCGACAUCCGCACCAAGAUCCGCAUGGCAGGCAUCAAGGGUCUGCAGGGCGUGGUCCGGAAGACGGUGAACGACGAGCUCCAGGCCAACAUCUGGGACCCCCAGCACAUGGACAAGAUCGUUCCCUCGCUGCUCUUCAACCUGCAGAGCGGGGAGGGUGUGGAGAGCCGCUCUCCAUCAGAGAAGGAGAAGGAGAGCCCGGUGGAGCUGACGGAGCGCUGCUUCAGGGAGCUGCUGGGGCGCGCCGCCUACGGCAACAUCAAGAACGCCGUCACGCCCGUCCUCAUGCACUUGGAUAACCACUCAUUGUGGGAGGGCAAGACAUUUGCUGUGCGCUGCUUCAAGAUCAUCAUGUAUUCCAUCCAGUCCCAGCACUCUCACCUGGUCAUCCAGCAGCUCCUGGGCCACCUGGACGCCAACAGCAAGUCCUCCGCCACCGUGCGGGCCGGCAUCGUGGAGGUGCUCCUGGAGGCGGCCGCCAUCGCAGCCAGCGGCUCAGUGGGCCCCACAGUGCUGGAGGUGUUCAACACCUUGCUGCGGCAGCUGCGUCUGAGCGUGGACUUUGAGCUGACUGGCUCCUACGACCCGGGCAGCAGCAUGGGCACCAAGAUCAUCAAGACCCACGGAGAGAGACAGCUGCAGGAGGCCGUCAUCAGAACCAUCGGGUCGUUUGCCAACACGCUGCCGACCUACCAGAGGUCAGAGGUCAUGCUCUUCAUCAUGGGCAAGAUCCCUGUGCCUGGCGUCCACCCUGCACUGUCCUCCUCGUGCUCUGGGCCUGAAGGAACCAGGAUGAUCCAGAUCAUGCUGCUCAAGUCCCUGGUCCAGGUGACGGCGGGCUUCCAGACCACCAACAUGCUGACGGCGCUGCCCAGCUCGUUCCUGGAGCCGCUGCUCUCCUUCUCCCUCACCGAAGACCCCGAGGUCCGCCUGCUGGUGAUCCACAUCCUGCUCAGCCUCAUCGAUCGCCACGACAACCGCCCCAAGUUCUCCGCCAUCAGCAUUAUCUCGGAUAUCUCUGUGCUCAAGCUGAAGGUGGACAAGUGCUCCAGACAAGACAACUUGUUCAUGAAGAAGCACGGCCAGCAGCUCUACCGCCACAUCUACCUGGGCUGCAAGGAGCAGAGCAGCGGGCGGCAGCACUACGAGAACCUCUACAACCUGCUGGCCCUGCUCAGCAUGGAGCUGGCCAACGAGGAGGUGGUGGUGGACCUCAUCCGGCUGGCGCUCGCCCUGCAGGACCUGGCACUGUCCACGGAGGAGUCCAUGCCCGUGUUCAACCGCUGUGCUAUCCACGCGCUCGCUGGCGCGUACCUCAACCUCAUCUGUCAGCUGACCACAGUACCCGCCUUCUGCCAGCACAUACAUGAGGUAAUUGAGGUGAGACAGAAAGAAGCCCCCUUCCUUUUGCCGGAGGACAUCUUCAUAGAAGGGCCCAAGCUACCUCCCUCUCUGGAGAAGGUGGAAGGGGAGGUGCUUUUCCUCCAGUCCAAGAUCACGGAGGUCCUGGGAGGCAGCGGCUACAACAUAGACCGGCUGGCCACGCCAUACAUCCCCCAGUACACCGAUGAGGAUCGCCUCUCCAAGAGGAAGAGCAUCGGGGACAACAUCUCCCUCCCGCCAGAAGACGAGUCCCGUAACAGUCCUGAGAAAGAGGAGCGUACCCCAGCAGAGGAGAUCACGUUUGAAACGCUCAAAAACGCCAUUGUGGACAGUGUGGGUAUGGAGGAGCAGGAACGGGAGCGUAGGCGACAGGUGGUCGAGAAGUUCCAGAAGGCCCCGUUCGAGGAGAUAGCUGCCCACUGUGGCGCCAGGGCCACGUUACUGCAGAGCAAGCUGAACCAGAUCUUUGAGAUCACCAUCAGACCCCCGCCCAGCCCGUCGGGAACCAUCUCGUCGGGCUACGGCCAGACCCAGAGCCGCUCCGUACCCGUCUACGAGAUGAAGUUCCCAGACCUCUGCGUGUACUAGCUUGGGGGGUGGGAGGGGGUGUCAUAGCUCUGAUACGGUCAUCGCGGGUAAAUACCCACUUGCUGAAGUCGGGGUAGAAGAAAACGCGAAAGCUUCCUCGGUCAGUAGUAGCCUGCAAUCAAACAAAGCCCGGUGGAAGGCCGGGGGAACCCUCCAGUUGUUCGAAGCCAAACUUAAUAGAGCAAGCUAACUUAAAUUAUUUAGCUGCCCAAUCGUCGCUUCCCAGUCGUUUCUAGGAUUAUUAUUAUUAUUAUUUUUUUGAUUUUUUGCCAAGAGACAUUGCCAAGAGCCGUUGACAAAUCUGCAACCGUAGAUUCUUAAGUCCUCGUUCAAACUGACCUGCUGCAUGCCCUACGCGUUUUAAUGUUGUCCAUGACCCCUUUCACACAAGGCUGUUUUUGUUUUGUUUCCGUUUCCCCGUGACGCCUGGGCGGUCGACCCUUGGGAGCCAUCUUACCUGGCAACAGUAAAACAUAAUGGUCCUGUAAACUGUAGGCCAGGUUGUUAAAUUUACUAUUUAGGGUCAUUGGAGGAAUGCAUAGGAAAGCACAUCCGUGCUUUGGUUUCCGUAGCGUAAGUCGUCACUGACUGACGAUUUGACCCAAUGUUUAAGGGAUUCCAAGCAUCAUGUUUGUUUGUUUUUAAACAAAUGCAUUGAAGGUUUAAUUUUUUUCUACCUUUUUAUUUAUUGUUCUGUUUUUAUUCCUCUUCCUUUCUAAUUUUAAUGUGGGGCCAUUACGCCUACCUUGUUUUUAUCAUCCUAACUGUGGUAAUUAAUUUGCUUUGCUUACAACAGGUAAUUAAUUGUCUUUGUGUGUCCCUCUCAAAGCGAGUGUUGCUGUCUGUUGACGAAUGCCGGCUGCCUGAACACUGUGGCACUUAGUCCGGUCCCAGCCACUCCACUGAACCGCACUACAUAUAAACAAACCCACAGCUCGUGGCCGCAGCAGCCUGAGUGUUGAACCCCCAAAUGGUGAGAAGAUUCAGAAAAACAAGCAGGACCAGAUCAAUCAAGCAGCCAGUGUGGUCUCAUUAAACCACACUGGCUGUACUCGCUGCUCCACACACAUUUGUAUAUAAGCCCAGAGUUGUAAAUAUCCCCGGAAAGCAGAUUUGUAGGAGGGUUGAGUGUGUGUAUAUACCUUUAAUUGUGUAUAUAUAUAUAUAUAUAUUACUAAAUAAUAUGCCUAAUUUUCUUUCAUUGCACUGAUUCGGGCCAUAAAUAAGUAAAGUUUUUUAAUGCUUCUUAAAUCAACCGAAGCAGCAGUAAAACAAUGGACUAAAUACGGUAGAGUCAUUUGUCCAAGUGAUGCCAGGAAACAGGACUUUCAUUCGUCUGUAAAACAAAAUAUAUAUGUGAUCGUAAAUUGUCUCGAUGGUCGCGGGAGACAAGAACUUGGCCCGUAACUUAAUACAAUACUGGUUAAUAUGGCUAGUUUUAUUUAUUACAAUUUAAAGCCCACACACACACACACACACACACACACACACACACACACACACACACACACACACACACACACACACACACAGGUGUAUAACGGCAAUAAUUUGUUUUGAGCGCAACGCCAUUCCUCAAAAAUGAUGCCAUUGGGGACAAUGUAGAGCGAGAUGGUGGGCUACAUAGGACCCCCAUCACUCCUCUGUAUGACAACGAUACAAUGCUUCUCCAACCACCUCCAACCGCUCUCCUGUGUUUCUGUCACAUGACCGCGUUGGGCUUGCCGAAUGUAGCUGCCAAUACAAUCCCAUCAUCCUGUUCUAUUGAUUAUGUUUGGAUUGUCCAGCGGCUCCCCUAUGUUUUGCUGCAGCUGUCCGCCAUGUAUUGUCUUGUGACCAUAUACGUAUGAUUGUCCACAUAAGCCGACAUUGACCUGUGUACAUUUUCCUCUGUGUGUGUGCGUGUUUGUAUUAUUGUUACUAUUAUUAUUAUUAUUGUUAAUCGUACUGUCUGUCAAGUGUUAAUCAUGUUUUAUGUGUGUGUCUGGCAUUCAUGCAAAUAAUAUUCCAUGUGUCUUUUCAAACGAUUACUACCCAAGACCGAACUAUUCAAAUACAGUUUACAGUAAAAAAAUAAUGAUCCCAGUUGUUGACCCCGUGUCUCAAGCAGUGAGCCUGUCUCAAUGUUUUUCAACCACACUGAUAUUUUGCCACAUUUGUACUCUUGUUUUUACACCAUCUUGUGAUUUUUGAAGUGAACGCGUGUGAUACCGUCAACAUGAUUGUCGUGGUCGCAAAUGCCUACCGACUCAUUCCACAUUAGUUUCCGUCAACAUUUACAUGUCUGGUAAUAUGUAUAUGUUUACAAUGUAGUGCUGUAGGUCAAGUGGACUGUGAACUUUGCACUUUACAACUGGAUUAUCUAGUGACACAGGCAGCUUUUAUAUGGAGGAAAUGCCUUACCCAAGUGUCAGUCCCUAAAUUGCAUGCUGUCGCUGUAGCUGUGUUGUACAGUUCAAUGAGCAUUGUGGAAAUAAACUCUUAAGUGAUCAUUA